AUGCUGCAAUUACGGCAUUUGGAUCUAUCUUUUAACAAUCUGGAAGGUGAAAUUCCCAACUCAUUACAGGUACUAUCAGAUCUCCAAUACUUUAAUGUGUCUUACAACAGAUUGAGAGGACCGAUUCCUCAUGGAGGACCAUUCACAAAUUUCACGAACCUAUCUUUUCUCUCAAAUGAAGCAUUGUGUGGUGCUCCUUGGCGCCAACCUUGUACAAGUACAUUUCAACAUGAAUCAGGGACAAAAAGGAUAGUCAUGAUUGUUCUGUUGGCAUCAGGAUCUGUCAUAUUAGCCUUGGUGAUUUCAAUUUUUUUGAUGCGGUCAAAGUUGAGAAAGAAAACUCUAGCUCCGACUCGGAACUUGAUUCUCAUGGCGAUAUUUGAAAGGGCAUCCUUCCAUGAACUUAGAAAAAUAACAAAUGGAUUCAGCGAGAGCAACUUACUUGGCUCGGGGAGCUUUGGUUCAGUUUACAAGGGAAUUUGUGAAAAUGGGAUGGUUUGGGCCAUAAAGGUAUUUGAUUUGCAACUAGAAGGUGCAUUUAAAAGCUUUGACAGAGAAUGUGAAGUCUUAAGCUGCCUUCGUCAUCGAAAUUUAACUAAAGUAAUUAGUGCUUGCUCUAGCCCUGACUUUAAGGCCUUGGUGCUUGAAUAUAUGCCCAAUGGAUGCCUUGAGAAAUGGCUUCAUUCAAACCAUCAUUUCUUAAACAUGAAGCAACGAUUGGAUGUUAUGAUAGAUGUGGCUUGUGGUUUGGAAUAUCUCCAUUAUGGUUAUUCAACUCCUAUAGUUCACCGUGAUUUGAAGCCUAGCAAUAUUCUACUGGAUCAAGACAUGGUUGGGCAUGUUUGUGAUUUUGGAAUUGCAAAGUUGUUGGGAGAUGGAGAAUCUAUGGUACAAACAAAGACUCUUGCUACAUUUGGAUAUAUUGCCCCAGAAUAUGGAUUGGAAGGAUUGGUUUCAACAAGUAGUGAUGCUUACAGCUUUGGGAUUACAUUGAUGGAAACAUUUACAAAAAGAAAGCCGAAGGAUAAGAUGUUUACGGAGGAGUUAAGCCUCAGGCGUUGGGUACAAGAUUGCUUACCGGAUUCCAUCAUUCAGGUUAUAGAUGUAGAUUUACUUCAUCAUGAAGGUGGACUGGUACAAAGGAAGAUUGAAUGCAUAUCAUCUAUCUUGCAAGUUGGUUUAAGUUGUACAACAUAUGUUCCUGAGGAGAGAAUAAACAUGAAAGAGAUUCUAAGAGCGCUCCAGAAGAUCAAACUUCAGUUUAUCAAAGAUAUCGUACCUUGAAGCAGAGUUCUGAGGCGCAAAUGUAUUUGGGGAAUUCUUAGUCUUGACUUUGUGCACCACCGAAAUGCUUAUGGUUCAAAACAGGAAUGAGAUAUGUUGUAUUUACCAAUAAGUUUGUUUACAGAUAUGGAGACC